UUCGGCGGGACCCACGUAUUGAAUCAUUGUUUUUCCAAUUAUACCCUCCACUCAUGGCUGGAUCCUUGUAUAAAUCCGAGGUUUCCUUCCCGAUAUACCCUUUCCUUUUCUGAUCGGAAACAAAGAUCUUCCUCACUCUGCUUCCCUCCAAACAGAUAAUCAAUAUCGAAGAUCGCAAUAUUAGGGUUUUUGAGUUCGAUUAAGCUUCUAGGAGCAUAUCGUGUUCUUAUCCCCUUCAAGUCAUGAAUCCUAGAAGGGACAUCCGUGGUAACAGAACUGCUCUUUUUGAUGGCAUUGAGGAGGGUGGAAUCAGAGCUUCAUCAUCAUACUCCUCCCAUGAAAUUGAUGAACAUGAUAACGAAAGAGCCAUGGAGGGAUUGCAAGAUAGAGUUAUUCUGCUGAAGAGAUUGUCUGGGGAUAUCAAUGAGGAAGUGGAUAAUCAUAACCGUAUGCUUGACCGAAUGGGCAACGAUAUGGAUUCAUCUAGGGGAGUGCUGUCCGGAACUAUGGAUCGAUUUAAGACGGUUUUUGAGACCAAAUCAAGCCGGAGAAUGUUUACACUAGUGGCGUCAUUCGUGGUUGUUUUUCUAGUCAUAUACUAUCUCACUAGGUAAAUCCGUGAUGAGUUUGAUACAACUACCAGAUUUAUGUUGAAGCUGGAGAAGAAAACCUUGCCAUUUCUAUUUGCAAAUCAAUCUUUACCAUCCUUGCUUGUAAGAUAAUCAAUCUGGCUUGUCAUAUGUAAAAUGUAACGAAUGGAGUUGAAUGCAUAAAAAGUUGGUAUCGA